AUGUCGAUGGCUUUAGCUUUGAAGAACAAUUGGGUUGUUAGUGCUUCGUCUCAUCGUGGAUACACAAGCAACAAAUUUGAUGGCUGCAUCAAGCUAUUGGCUUGGAACCUCAAUGUGAUCAAGGGGAAGCAAUUCUUGCCCAAAGAAAAGGUUGCUUCAACUGGUUGGCAGGUCACCAGAGCCAUACCGAAAGAUUCCAACAAUGCUAUUCGCCUCCAUAUGAAGAUUAAGUGGUGGGAGAAGGACAUGAAGGCCAACAUGAAAAACAUCAAAUCACAAGAAGAUUUGGAUGAACAACUUCUGAUGGCCGGAGAUAAGCUCACUGUGGUGCACUUCUUUUCCCCUAGCUGUGGAGCUUGUAAGGCCCUACACUCUAAGGCACAUCAAUUUGCUGGGAUGCAUCCAAGACUACAAUUUCUUAUGGUCAACUACGAUGAACAUAUAGAGAUAUGUCACAGGCUCAAUGUCCAUGUCUUGCCAAUGUUCCGCUUUUAUAGAGGUGCAGAAGGCCGUAUCUGUAGCUUCAGCUGCACAAUUUCAACUGUUCAUAAGUUCAAGGCUGCUUUGAAAAGGCAUGGGGUUAAGACAGAGAAUCUUGCAGCAGAAAAGGGCUUGGAAGAAUCUGAACUCAAGAGCUUUGCCUCACAUACUGAUAUCCUAAAUGCAAUUGAUGCUUCACAGAACAUGGAUGGAGAUGUUGGUCCUAUUGCACCCAGCAAUUAA